GCUGACGCGAGGGUGGGCGGGGCCAGGAGCCCCACGUGACCCGCCCCAACCCCCGGAGCCGGGACUUGUUCAGUCUGUCCUCCAGCUCCGGUACCCGGCGCUCCGGUGGCGACACCGGGUCUACGGCAGGGAGGACGACCAGGACAGGUCAUAGGGUGCCUCCUGAAGAGUUACCAUGUCUGGGAAUAGCUCAUUUUCCACAGAGGACAGCAACAACAGCUGUAAAUCCCACGCCUCCAAUCUCCGAAGGGCAGGGAAGAAAUGCUCGUGGGCUUCCUAUAUGACCAACUCCCCGACACUCAUUGUUAUGAUUGGCUUGCCGGCCCGGGGUAAAACUUAUGUGUCCAAGAAACUAACACGCUACCUCAACUGGAUUGGAGUACCCACCAAAGUGUUUAAUCUUGGGGUCUAUCGACGGGAAGCAGUCAAGUCCUAUCAGUCUUACGACUUCUUUCGACACGACAAUGAAGAGGCUAUGAAGAUCCGCAAACGGUGUGCCCUGGUAGCACUGGAAGACGUGAAGGCCUAUUUUACUGAAGAGAGUGGGCAGAUUGCGGUGUUUGAUGCCACCAAUACCACUCGGGAGAGGAGGGACAUGAUUUUGAACUUUGCCAAGCAAUAUGCCUUCAAGGUAUUCUUUGUAGAAUCUGUCUGUGAUGAUCCUGAUGUCAUUGCUGCCAAUAUUCUGGAGGUAAAAGUAUCAAGCCCUGACUACCCCGAAAGGAAUAGGGAGAAUGUGAUGGAGGACUUCCUGAAGAGAAUUGAGUGCUACAAGGUCACUUACCAGCCCCUUGACCCAGACAACUAUGAUAAGGAUCUUUCUUUCAUAAAGGUGAUAAAUGUUGGCCAGAGAUUUCUGGUCAACAGAGUUCAGGACUACAUCCAGAGUAAGAUUGUCUACUACCUGAUGAAUAUUCACGUCCAUCCUCGCACCAUCUACCUUUGCCGGCAUGGAGAAAGCGAGUUCAAUCUUUUGGGAAAGAUUGGGGGUGACUCUGGCCUUUCAUUGCGAGGAAAGCAGUUUGCUCAGGCCCUGAAGAAGUUUCUGGAGGAACAGGAGAUCCAGGACCUCAAAGUAUGGACAAGCCAGUUGAAGAGGACAAUUCAGACUGCUGAGUCUCUGGGGGUGACCUAUGAGCAGUGGAAGAUCCUAAAUGAGAUAGACGCUGGUGUGUGUGAGGAGAUGACGUAUUCAGAGAUUGAGCAGCGGUAUCCAGAGGAAUUUGCACUUCGAGAUCAAGAGAAGUAUCUGUAUCGAUAUCCUGGUGGGGAGUCCUACCAGGACCUGGUGCAGCGGCUGGAGCCUGUCAUCAUGGAGCUCGAGCGUCAGGGCAACAUCCUCGUUAUCUCCCACCAGGCUGUCAUGCGCUGCCUCCUGGCCUACUUCUUGGAUAAAGGAGCAGAUGAGUUACCAUACUUGAGGUGCCCCCUCCACAUCAUCUUCAAGCUCACUCCUGUGGCCUAUGGUUGCAAAGUGGAAACAAUUACACUGAAUGUGGAUGCUGUAGACACACAUCGUGACAAGCCAACUCACAACUUCCCCAAGAGCCAAACCCCUGUAAGGAUGAGAAGGAACAGCUUUACGCCUCUGUCCAGUUCGAACACAAUAAGGCGUCCAAGAAAUUACAGUGUUGGGAGCCGACCCCUCAAGCCCCUCAGCCCUCUCCGUGCCCUGGACAUGCAAGAAGGGGCGGACCAGCCGAAGACCCAAGUCAGCAUUCCGGUGGUGUAACUGUGUGUUUCCCUCCAGCUUUGGCCUCUUGCCCUUGCCACUAAUCAACCAAGAAGUCAUUUAACUUUACCCCACUCCCGUCCCAACAUUAAUCUGAACAUGGAAUCUGAGCUCAUGCGUGUGCAGAGCAGCCUCAGCCAUUCUCUAGUAUAAACAGCUCACCCGGGGGCAAGAUGGCAAGUUGGGCUUUUAGGAAAGGUCCCCAGAUGGGAUGAUCUGAAAGAGGAGCCAAGCAUGAGUCAUAGACUUGGUUCUUCUGUUUCCUGAUGUCUGAACCCAGUCUCCGUGAAGUGUGUGUGUGUGUGUGUGUGUGUACGUGUGGAAGGGGCUUGUUGGGAGGGAGUGCUGAAUAGCGUGGAAUGUAACAACCUAACUGUCCUUCACAUGUGUCCUUUAAGUCUGUCCUUAUAUCCUUACCUCCCCUGUCCUAUAGCUUCUCUUUUGGUUGUCUGGUAUGAUGCAUGACAUUGUGAUGUCUUAAAGUAAGGGACUGUUGAGAAGUACCUAAGCCUCAUUGGUGCUGUUUGCACGCGGGUCUGGAUCUGUGCUGGGAGAGUCUUUUCCCUUCCCUUCUCCCUUCCUCUCCAGCCAGGUCCAGCAAGGGUCAGCCCAGGCUACAGAACAUCCACAGAAAGCCCUGGAGUUUGCAAGUGGACAUAGGGUGAGAGCUCUUGCCUCUUUUCAUGAGAAACAAUCCUAAGUUUUUGCUGCCCUGGGGAGCUGGCUCUAAGAAUGUGGCUGUGUCUUGGUUUGUGUUCCUAACUUGAGGAGCGUGCAGUCCUUUGCUGGCUGUGAAGUGGGGCUGGGCUGGGGUGAAGUCUAGGUCUUACACAUUUACAGUUCAGAAUUCUGUCCGUGGCUCUCAUUCCCUUUGCCAUUCUAGUAGCUUUCCUGCAGCCCAUGAUCUUUGGGGCUGUUUAAAAUCACCAUUGAGCCCUGAGUUUGUCCGAGCAACAGUGAGGGUCUUCAGAAAGUUCAGUAAGGCUGCUCCUUGUUACCAGUACCUUUUGGAGUAAUUUCCUAAAGCUAAAUUUUUACAUGAAAAGUUAUUCUUUGGUCAUGAAAAAAGUUUUGAUGAUAAAUUUAUAACCUGACUUAUUGGGGGCAUUUUGUUUAUAUAAGAAAAUAUUACAAUAUUCCAAGAAGUCCUCUGGGGUUUGGCUCUUGAAAGCCUAUUUGUAUCUAUUUCUUGCUUAAAGGGGAUUCUCCAUACCGGCCCAGGGCCCUGUUUGGCUAAGAGAGCACCCUGCCGCUGAGCUCAGUUCCAGUCCACUGUGGCACAUGUUUCUAAGGGACACAUCUAAAGGUCUCAUGAGAUUUUUCAGAAAAGACAGGUGACUCCCUACCUCUCACUUGAUCAUGUGGGGCCAGGUGGUGAGAGAACAUUAGUAAUUUUCUUUGUUUUUGUCCUGUGAUAGAAAGCUUUUUGCAUGGUUCUUGUCCAGAAACACUCCUUAGACUGUGCCAUAGAAUUUUGGAAAUAUAUACAUACCUUGGUUCCCUGGAGACAGACUGAGUACUGCCUCCAAACUCUCUGGGAUUGGAGUCUUGCUAUUUGGGUGUUUAAAUAACUUCCUUAAGAGUUAAACCAAGGUUAAGAGGCCACUUGAGGAGCUGGAGAGAUGCCAAGUCCUAACAGUACACGCUGUUCUUCCCCAGGCCCAGAGCUUAGCCCCAGCAUUCCCUUGGAGUGGCUCACAGCAGCCUGUAACUGCAGCUCUGGGGCCGCGGAUGCUUUCUGCUGGGCUCCCCAGGUACUUUCACAUAUGUAGCUUAUACACACAGAGACAUGCAAAUACACAUAAAUAAUACUAAAACUAAAUCUUUUUUUUCAGUCCCGCUUUAUGAAGGUGAAUAGAAAAAUACUAGUCUAUUGGUAUCUUAGACAAAGUAUCAGACUGGGAAUUAUGAAUUCUUGGUUCUGAAAAGAAUUCUUUGGAAUUAGAUGCUGAAGCAGAGCAGUUUUGACUGAAGUAAUCCCUUCAAAGGUAGGCUGGCUGCUUUAUUAGAAAGGUAUUCUAGAUUCUAGUCCCAUCUUUUAUCCUUGGCACUGCAAGGGGGAUAUGCAACAAAUUACUGAAUUAGACACAUGUUCUUGGGUCCCUGCUGACAAUGUACUCAAGGUGAAGUGCACUGAGAUGGAGUGCAUGGCCUGAGGGAGGUCCUCGUCACAGGCUGCUGACCGCUGGUCCUGAGCCCUUUACCUCUUGGUCCAUAUAGACGCUACCUGCCUUCCUGAAACUCAUCUAAGACAAAGGAGCUGGGAAAUCUAGUCAGGCAGUGUGCACUGUCCCCUGUUUGCCUUGAAGGUGGGCUCUGGCUAUGGUGUGGAAAACGCAUGCAAAAUGACAAAAACUGAACAAGGUUUAGUUUCCUGGACCUGGUGAUUACAAACAAAACAAUACAAUAACAACAACAACAACAACAACAAAUGACCUUUUAGUGGUCAGACAUGUACUUGUGUUCAGUGCUGGGAUUAGAUAGCCUGUCUAAGGACUUGUUCCUGGAGAAGACUGGAUCUUCCUCUCUCAGCAGCCAUUGAGUGCAUGUGGCUCUUUAUCUAGGGUGGAUUUUUACACACACACACACACACACACACACACACACACACACACACGUAUGUAUGUAUCUGUGUGUGUACACAUGUCAUGCCACAAUAACUAGAAGAAGGGAUUGUGAUCUUGAGGGAGUAGGAGAAACCUUGGGAGAGUUGGAUGGGGAACAGGAGGCCUAGAAUACAGUACUCGUGUGUGAAAUACUAAAAAUAAAAAAAGACAGGAGAUGUAAUUGAUAAAUGAAUAUUUGCAAAACAAUCAAGCAUUCUAGAAGAGCUGACAUUAGGGUAGAGUAUAGCUUGUCCUCUGAUUGUUUCCUUGUUCUGUGGCUGUGAAACCCAAGGGGUUGGCAUGUCCUGUCCUCACAGUGGAAGGAUAAGAUAUGGCCUGCUUGGCGUGUCUCCCACUGUUACACAGUUGCCUUGUCUGCUGCUUAGUUAUUGCAACUCUGAUCCAAAUCGGCAUUUAGUCUUUCUUCUGCUGCAAGGUAAGAGCAGUCCAGAGCUAUUGAGCGGGAAGAGGAAGAACAUUGAGCUAACAGCUAUUAAGGAUCUAGCUUGUAAGAGGAGACUUCUCUGAGCACUUGGAAUUGAGCUAACCUGUUGUAAGUGCCGUCUUUAGGAGUGGACUCUCAGUCUCCGCUUGCUCUUCUCUCUUCUACUGUGUUAGUUCACCUCCAUAAGGAGGGCUGGGGAAGUCUCGCUAUCCCUGCAUAACAAGGAGCAGAAGUUGGAGCUGAAAAGCAGCAGGAGUUUGAACCUCUGUCAGAGUUUAGGACAAGGCCCUUCCGAGUAGCUGAGCAGGAGCGGCGGGACACAGUGACAGUGCUUAUCCCAGAGGUUAGGGAAGUUCCACUGUCAUCCCUCUUCCCUCGCCCUUGUUACUUACCAGUGGGCGGUUUACCUGACUGUGCUUGUGUCUGCAUCACGAACCCCCCAGAGAAUGUGACUUCUAGAGUACCGGCAUUGAGGCUUUCAGUUUUCUCAUAGGGAAAGUAGGUGAAGUCCUGAAUCUACCUGUAUAAAAUAGGGAAGAGAAAAUAAUAGUUUAUUUAUUUAUUUUUAAACUCACAACUGAAUGGGAAAUAAAACCCCCAAAAGUGGUGGGAGGGGCCCUGGAGAUACAGUUCAGUGGUAGAGUACUUGCCUCGCCUGUAGGAGCCCUGGGUUCUAUCCCCAGUACUGGGGAAAACAAAAACAAAACACAACAAUACUGAAUGAAAAAGUCAGGAAAUGGACCUGAAAGAGCAUCUGAAAGGAAAUUUAGAGAACCAGUUCUGUCCUGCCUUGUUUCCAAACUAGAAUUUAGCAUUUACUGAUCCUUGCGGUAGGGCUUUCUCUCUUGGUAAAUGAAUCAUUUCAUCAUUCUUAGACCGCAUUAUGCUGUGUACUUGCCAUUAUUUCUGGUUCCUAAAGAGGCAGAGUUAGGGAUACAGCGUGCUUCCGGUCCUAGCCCAAAUGGUUGAGCAUUUCAGACAAGGAUCUAUGUAAUUCUUGUUGAAGUUGGUCUCCAUACAUCUCAUUUAAGUAAACAAACAGUGUUGUUGGUAGGGAAUAAAUCUGCCUGGUGAUCCUUGUAGGGACAGGUGCGGUCUAAGUUCCAUUAGCUCACUGGUGCUCGGAGUGGCUGGUGCACAGGAGAGACAGGCCAGGUAAUUGAGGCAGCUCUGAGUGCUGUGGUUUCAUGCACCUCCCACUGCCUUACAGUCUCAGAAGAAUGUUGUGUUUGUUGCCAAAAGUUUCAGUAAAUCACCCAGCUUUCCUUGGUCGACUUGUUUGUGUUUUAAGGCAUUUUUAUUUUAAAAGUACGUAACGGCUAAGCAGGACUUGCUAUGCACGCUCUUGGCUCUUCCAUAGAGGUGAUGGACACACAUGAAAAGUGUGCCUGGGUAUUUAGUUUUGUAGUGUCCAGAAGGCUGAUGGUCUUUUUGCCAGUAGUCCAUUCUUUCCCAUUGUGCUGACUGAUAGGAUGUGCACAUUAUUAUAUUUCCUUGCCUAUUAUCCCUACCAGAAACUGAACAUUUUUUGUUUCUUUUAUGGAAAAGUUCUGUACACCAUAGCUUUUCAGACAAUAUUGUAAAAUAGUGACCCAACUUCUCAUUAUUUUUCAAAAGAUGAUGUUGUAGAUUACUUGUGUGGCAUUUUGUGACCCUAGCUAAGGUAAAGCCAGAAGAGUUGUGACUUUACUUGAAAUCAUUUCAUUCAGUCUCCUGCUUCAGGGUAGCACUUUCCUUUUACUCUCCCCUCCCUGUUGUGGGCUGCAGUGUGCUCACUGAGGGGGCUGCUGUGUUUAAUCUGAUGUGUGUUUAGCCCUUACUCACAGUCUUAUAAGGGAAAUGUGAUCCUAAGAGUGGCUCAGAGUACUCCUUCCCAUGAGCCUUUUUCACUGGGUAUGUGACUAAUAUGAUAUGACUUGGUUUAAAAACAUUCUGAAUUGUGUGUAGUUUUUUGUUGUUGAAGCAACAAACUCCGCUUACUCAGAUGUGGUUUUCCUGUGGCAAAUGCAGAGGGCUUACCCCAGGUGGCCUGUGAUGUAGAGAGGUGCCGAUCAUUCCUUGAUUAGAUGGAAAUGGGCAGAAUUGGGAAGUCCAGUAACAGUUUUAUUGCAGAUUUCUUAGGUUUCUUAGCUCUGCUGAAAGUGAAGAUGUUAAUCCUUAGUAUCUGUCUGAUUUAUUCUCAUGAUAUUAAUAAUGAAAUAUUGCAUCAGGUCCAUUUAAAGUGUAUAUAAUUGUAUUUGAACUGUGUUUUAUGUGCAUGUCUGUAUAGAAUGGGUUAAUAAAAUUGUUGAGUAACUUGAA